AUGGCAGCGGGCAUCUUUUAUGGGUUGUCCAAACCUGAAAAUAUUGAGCAAUAUCUGCGUCCGUUGGUAGAUGAGAUUAAUUUUCUCAUUGAGCACGGAAUCAUCAUCAACGGGAAAAAGUUGUCCGUCAAACUGCGAGCUAUUAUCGCCGACACUCCGGCCAGGUCGUUUGUUAAAGGUACUGUUGGGCAUACCGGCUACGCAGGAUCCCCGGGAUGUAUGAAAUGUGUUGUAGAAGGACAAUACAUUAGAGAAGGUCGUACGGUUGUGUUUCCAGGAGUAGGUGCACCAAAACGAACAGACAAGGGAUUCAGAGAAAAUGCGUACCCGAAACACUGCAAAAUGAUAUCACCACUUUUAGAUCUUAAGGAUUUUGAUAUCAUCAACGAUGUGGUUGUUGCAGAUCGUUUACAUCUGAUAGAUCUUGGGGUCAUGAAAUGUUUGCUGAUUGGGUGGCGUGACGGAUCGCUGGGCAAAGUGCGUUGGUCAACUUCGCAAUGUUCGCAGAUUUCGUUAGGCGUUAGGCAAUAUUAA